AUGGUCCACAUCACAGCAUCGUCUCGAGACGCAGUCGGUGACCCCGAGCUCGUAAUUUUGAGGCUCGCGAAGCUCUAGUUUCAGCGUCCGCAGAUGCCUGAUGUCACCUCCAAAGUCCCUCCGCCUGUAGAACAGGAGCAGUUUGACUCUCCAGUUCUACUUCGGUCAGAAUGGAUACCUUCUGCUGCUGAAUGCCGAGAUGCAGCUCAUUCAAGCACGUCGUUGACUGUAUCCAUACGUGCGGACAUUGGCAUGGCUAGGCCGCUGGGCGUUAGGGGCCUGCACUCUCUGAUGAUCUUUCUGGCACUUUGCCGUCAAGUGCUCCCUAGAUCGACAUGGCACCACCGAUGAGCGAGUCAACACUGCUGCUCCGCCGCGCUCAGCGCUACGCGCGUCCGCUUUGUCUCCCCUGUGAUCAUAGACGUGGCGACGAUAAUCCAAACUCUGCGGCUGUGAUUUGUGUGCUCACUUGUUCUUGCAAGGCCGUUACAGAUUUGGUGGACGAGAAAAUGUGGAUCAAGCUUGUCUGUCCUACGUUUGCGUAGGAGACUUGGUGGGCGGUACGAUGAAUUCACCCUGCGCGCAACGUGCAAUGAAUGGAAACUAUAUCUGGUCAGCAGGGUCACUCAAUUGAUCGUUGAAAGAGAGGAACGGCGCUCAGGAAAUGUGCGAUACAGCUCUUGUUCAGUGCACUUGGGUUUGGGGAAUAUUUAUCAAAUUUUAAUGUGCUGAG